AUGAACAAUGCUCAAGCGUUUAUACACGUGAGACCCGCCGGUGUUGGCGGUGUCGGUGGUGGUCUCGGUAAAUCAUUACUUAAGGUUUCAUUAUCGAAGUUUGCGGGCCUUAUUGGCCAUAGUUCAAGUCGUGUCUCUAGAAGGAUUAACCAGGAUACCUACUCGAUGUCCCUUUUGAGAAAUUCUGUGUUUUCAAAGGAACCCUUGUUGAACAUGUCUGUAUUUGAUGGUCAUGGGAUUGCUUCAAGUAAUGUUUCUUCCAAAUUAGCUCAUAAUCUACAUAAUUGGUUAGGUCAAGAAGAACCAAAGGGCUCUUUAACUUCGGAAACUUUAUUUCAACUACUAGAAAGGUACAAAAAUUUAUUUGCUGGAUCGUAUUGGGAAUCAUUAUAUUUAGAUCGUGAAAAAUAUUAUGAUCGAUUUAUACGUCAUUGUAAUACAAAACAAGAACAAGUGUUGUUUGAUCAAAGUAAUCAAGGAACAAGGAUGUUAUUCGACCAUUCAGGGAAUUUGAUCGAUAAGAAUUCGUUAUUGAAUGAACAACAGCGACUUAAGAUUAUCAAUACUUUUUUACAAUUUGAUCUGGAACAAUGUUGUGGUAUAAUAAAUCCUCAGCAGAACUCUUUAGAUCUAAAUUCAUGGAGUGAGAAAUUCCCAGGUGGUUCAACAGCUUCUUCAAUACUACUAUCAAGAUUCGAUUCUCAAGGUAGUAAUACUCCUUUGCCAAAUGAUCAAACUUAUUUUGUUUACCCGACAGGGUUAUUGAAAUUAAUUGUCACUCAAGUGGGUGAUUCAAAAAUAUUAAUAUGCGACUCCAAUGGGGUGGCACAUAGUUUGUCCAGACCUCAUCAUCCAGAUCAAAAUAGAGAACAUCAAAGAUUACAACAGACUCGGGAUUCUCAAUUGAUUUCAACAGAUUCGUUUGGAGAAGAAAGGUUCUUAAAUAAUUUCGCAAAUACAAGAUCAUUUGGAGAUGUCAUUGGUAAAAGAGACGGGAUCUCUGCAGAACCUGAUAUAUAUUCAUAUUUAAUUGGGAAUACUUCACAAUUACCACAUAGUGAAAAGGCAAAAUUGCAAUUUGGGGGUGAUGAAUGUUUCAUAGUCAUGGUCACAGAUGGUGUAUCUGGUUGGCUUGCUGAUCAAGAAAUAGUAGAUUUAAUUACCUCCACAGUCAAUCUUAGAGGUCUCAAACAUGCAACACCUCAAUUUGUAGCAGAUGAAGUCAUCAAAUUUAUUAUUAGUAUGGCAGAUAGACAUGCCGAUAACGCCACUUGUUUAGUACUAAGACUAUCUAACUGGGGUAAUUGGCCUACUUACGAUAGAACGGGGGCCUCAAGAGAACAAAAAUUGCUUAACGCAAUAUAG